AUGUCAUCCGGUCCACUGACGCCACAAGAAAUCGCCGCAGGCAGCUCCUACCCCCAACCAGUGAUCGUACCGCUGGAUUUCAUCGAAGAGCAGACACAAGGAGCCAGAGAUCACAUGGAAAUGGAUAAUAGUGGAUUGUAUAUUAUGUCGAAGGCGGUGGAACAAUUCAUGCGGCAGCUGAUGCGUCAAUCCACUGAAAACGGUGUUCGAGAGUUGGAAUACGAUGGUCUCGCCAGAUUUAUCGCGAAUUCCGAGUUCGCAGCGUUGAAAGAUUUCUUCCCGGAGCGAAUCGAAUUCGGCAAAUUAAUGGCUCAUCUCUACCCAGCGGACCCCGGAAAUCAGACACUACAAACUACAAGUUCUAAUUCGAAUUCUUAA